CAUGCCUAUUUCUGUGUUUAGUUGAACUGGCCCAGGUAUCCGAGGUCCAGCCAACAACAGCAAUGGACUACAGCCAACAGAACAAGAUGUCUCAUCGUCGUGUGAGAAGAGGCUGGGUUUGGAACCAGUUUUUUGUGCUGGAAGAAUACACGGGAACAGAACCGUUGUACGUGGGCAAGCUUCACUCAGACAUGGACAGAGGAGAAGGUUCUGUCAGGUAUAUCCUCUCAGGGGACGGAGCUGGCACUGUUUUCACUAUUGAUGACACCACUGGAGAUAUUCAUGCUAUACAACGGCUGGAUCGGGAGCAGAAGACUCACUACACCCUGCACGCUCAAGCCUUGAACAGGAAGACUGGCAGGCCCUUGGAACCAGAGUCUGAAUUCAUCAUCAAAAUUCAGGAUAUCAAUGACAAUGAACCAAAGUUUCUAGAUGGACCUUAUGUUGCCACUGUUCCCGAAAUGUCCCCUAUGGGUACCUCAGUGAUACAGAUCACAGCAAGUGAUGCUGAUGAUCCCACGUAUGGGAACAGCGCCCGAGUGGUGUACAGCAUCCUGAAGGGACAGCCUUACUUCUCUGUGGAACCAAGGACAGGCAUCAUCAGGACAGCUUUAGCUAACAUGGAUAGAGAGAUCAAUGCGAGGUAUCAAGUGAUUGUCCAGGCCAAGGACAUGGGCGGACAGAUGGGAGGCUUAUCAGGGAGCACGACUGUAAAUAUCACCCUCUCAGAUGUCAAUGACAAUCCUCCCCACUUCUCUCAGAAGCUGUAUCAGAUGAGCGUGCUGGAGUCUGCCCUGGUCGGCUCAGAGGUGGGAAGACUUUUCGCUGAGGAUGCGGACGAGGGGGUGAAUGCAGAAAUGAGCUACAGCUUCAUCGAAGGGGACGGGAUGAAUGUGUUCGACAUCACCACAGAUCAAAGCAACCAAGUUGGGAUUAUCAUCUUAAGCAAGGUAAAGGGUUUCCAAAAGAGAGCUUGCUACAUGCUGAUGGUGGAGGGUACGAACUCGCACCUGGACCUGCGCUUCUUGAAUUUCGGCCCGUUCCGAGACACAGCCAGGGUGCGGCUGACCAUCGAGGAUGUGGAUGAGCCGCCGGUGUUUGACGCUGCUUUCUAUUUCGUGGAGGUGUACGAAGAUGUGACGAUCGGCACACCUAUCCAAACCGUCUCAGCAAAGGACCCUGAUGCGGCUGCUAAUUCGAUCAGAUAUUCAAUUGACCGGGCCUCCGAUCCUGCAAGAUUCUUUUACAUUGAUAUAGCAUCGGGAGCUUUAAUGACUGCAAAAUCACUGGAUCGAGAAGAGCUGUCCUGGCACAACAUCACAGUCCUAGCAAUGGAAAUGAAGAACCCCACGCAAAUUGGAAGUGUUUCAGUCACCAUUAAAGUCCUCGACAUCAAUGACAAUCCUCCAAUGUUUGUCAAGGACUCCGAGGCUUAUGUCUGUGAAAAUGCCAAACCCGGUCAGUUGAUCCAGAUGGUCAGUGCAGUGGACAAAGACAACCCUCAGGGAGGUCACCACUUUUACUACGGUCUUGCUCCCGAGGUCGCCAACAACCCAAACUUCACUGUUCGUGAUAAUCAAGACAAUACUGCCUGGAUCCUGACCAGAAGAUCUGGGUUCAGACACCAGGAACAGGGCACCUAUUACCUGCCCAUCCUCAUCGCAGAUAGUGGACUUCCAAUGCAGAGCAGCACGAGCACACUGACGAUCAGGGUGUGCGGUUGUGACUCCGAUGGGAAUGUCAGGACCUGCAAUGUUGAGGCCUACAGUCUUCCUGUCAGCAUGAGCAGAGGAGCACUGAUUGCAAUUCUGGCCUGUAUCUUCAUAUUGCUGGUGCUGGUGUUAUUUAUUUUAACAAUGAGAAAGCACAAGAAGCAGCCACUUAUCUUUGACGAGGAAGAAAACGUCCAUGAGAACAUUGUGCGCUAUGAUGAUGAAGGUGGGGGAGAGGAGGACACAGAGGCUUUUGACAUUGCUGCGAUGUGGAAUCCCAGAGAAGUCCAGCUGCUGAAGUCCAGGAGAGACAUGGUCCCGGAAAUCGAAAGCCUCUCCAAAUAUGUGCUGCAGUCUGGAGUCGGGGACAACAACGUUCACAACUACAUUCUUGCGAAAUUGCACGAAGCCAACACCGAUCCUUGCGCUCCUCCCUUCGACUCACUUCAGACGUAUGCGUUUGAAGGCAAUGGUUCUGUAGUGGAAUCACUGAGCUCCUUGGAAUCAGCCACAACAGACUCAGAUCUUAAUUACGAUUACCUGAGUGACUGGGGGCCCCGCUUCAAAAAGCUGGCAGACAUGUACGCGACUGCUGAAGAUGAUGAAGAUUCGUUAUAGCCAGGUGAACGGAAGCUUUUGAACUGUGACCGAUCUGUGAACGUGGAACUGCAUCCAUUUGGGACACAAGACAUGUAGUCAGGCUGAAGUUCUGUCAGAUUUGUACUGAGUCCAACAUGCUACGCAAGCAAUGCUCAGACACAAAGAGUGGCAAAUAACUGAACUUGGCAAAGUCAUUUUUCACCUGUAGGAAGGAAGAAUAGAAAAAGACAUUGAGUCAGCUCAGAUCCUGAGAGAACACAUGACUGCAUCUUGGCUGACCAACACUGGAAACGUGUCUUAGAAUACAGCAACAGAACUCAUUCCCUAUUCCACCCCCCACCCCUACAAUACACACCCUUUUUAAUUGAAAAGGGAUUGACCUGCCUUUGAGAUUUGCUUUUUCCAUUUUAAAGCUCAACAACUCCAUAUGUGCAAUAGGCCUGAAUUUUAAUUUGGAAUGUCACAAUAAGCUGAACUGCUGUGGCCCUGCAGUGUGUUAUGAUAAGAAGGGGGCAUUUGCUUUUCCACUGUUUAAUUAUCACUUGUCAAAAGGUGCCCUAUGUUUGAAAAAUCACAUGUAGCUACGGAUUUAUUUUGAGAGUGGAAUGGUGACAGGGUCAUCGUGUUAGUGCAUUGAAGAGACUGAGGGCUUAUCUGCAUUGUAGAUGUGCCAUGGGUGUACCAGCCAACACACAGGCAGACUAGUACCUUUGAGUGUGUCACAUCAUCCCAAGCUAAAUCUGAAUUUGAAUGUGCUUUUAUAGGAAAUCUGGAUGUUUGUUCAAACUUGGUUUUCCUCAGUUGACAAGUACAGGUAGCUUCAGUUUCCCUUAUGUAAUGUGGUCCUGGUUCACUGGAAAGUGUUUCAAAAGCUCAUUGUUAGUGUGGAGAAUGAGGAGAAGCUGGAAAAAGUGUGUGCUGAGUACGUGCGCACAUUGCCUCAAUGGACGCCUUAAAGACUGAGAUUCAGACAGUCCUACCAUCUCGACUUAAUGAAGAAGGCUGUCAGCACUGGGGAUCAAAGAAGGCGAAUAUUUUUCAUGCGAUUUUUUUGUUUAAAAAAAAGCUAUUCAUAGCUAAACACACAGUAUAUAGAGCACAAAUUAAUGAAAUUCAAAUUAGACUGAAUAAAUGCAUACCUCAUUUUCCUAGACUGAUUGUGCAUGCAAUUUAAAUUAAAUUGGAAUCAGAUAGCUGUCAACAGAUAAGCGAUGUUUAUUUGAAUUACAGAUUCAGGUUCUCCCCAGUUGCUACGGGAGAUGGUUAUCUUUCCCAGCCUCAUGCAAUAGAUGCAUGAUACCAUAUGCAUGAUUUGUGCACACACUGGCUUUGAGUCUGAAUCCCCACUUGGCUAAUAUCACCAGCCCAGUGGUCUCAAGGGCAAAAUAAUCGUAUAUUGGAUCAACGCACUCUGAAACUAGUCUGGAUUUAUAGUACUGUACAAACGGAACUCAAGAGAAGAGAAUCCCUCACACAUUGCUUUUUCUAUAUAACUGCUAUGGGACAGUUUGACCACAUUUUCUGCACUCAAUGAACCCUGGAGUUGCAAGAGUCAUCCUGAGGCAAGAACCACAACAAAAAGGGGGCAAAGUAGCAUCUUUGAAAAAAGAAACUGCAUUUUCUUUCUUGUCUAUGGAAAACAUUUUUGUACAUUUGUUAAUUUCUUUUCAAAAAGAACAUUGAUGUACUGAUCGGCAGUACAUUAGAAGCUGUUUUAAUAAAAGUAAAACUUGAUCAA